ACAAUUAAUGCGCGAAAAUCGUGUGAUAUAUUUACGUGAAUCAAUGCAAUGAAUCAUUAGUAACGUUUAUUAAUUCAUAUAUAAAGAUACAUAAUUUACACAAAAACUCCAGUAAGAACAAAAGAGCCAUUUAGAAAUCGUUGAAAAUUUCGGAUAUUUCUUUCUAUAUUUGUAACUAUAGGACUUUCAACGUUUACAAAAUGGCUACUCAUUUUGGUUUGGUUUUAACUAAUGCAAUAUUUCUAGUGAGCUGUUUAACAAGCGUUUCAGCUCAAUGGGAUGAUGAUUGGGGAGAAUGGGACAAUGACAAUUUUGGCUCGAACAUGGCUCUUGCCGGUCUAGUCGGGGGAUGGGGCAACAAUUUCAAUUUCUUCCAACCGCAACAACAACAAUGGCAUCAACCUGCAAGGCAACAACAAUGGCAACAGCCAGCAAGACAGCAACAAUGGCAACAGCAAGCACCCCAACAACAAUGGCAACAGCAAGCACCCCAACAACAAUGGCAACAGCCAGCUCAGCAACAGCAACAAUGGCAACAACCGGCACCCCAACAACAGCAUCAACACCAACAACAACAAUGGCAACAACCAGCAAGACAGCAACAAUGGCAACAGCCGGCACCUCAACAGCAAUGGCAGCAACCAGCUCAGCAACAAUGGCAACAACCAGCACGACAACAACAAUGGCAACAACCUGCUCAGCAGCAAUGGCAACAACCUGCACGGCAACAAUGGCAACAACCGGCACAACAACAAUGGCAUCAAAACCCAUUUGUUGCUAGUUGGUUAAUGGACGAGUUCUGGUAAUCCAAAGUUUCCUAUAGGGAUAUAAUCGGGCUGAGAUGACUGUGAAUUGAAUUCAGCACAUCGAAAGGGGCAGAUAAUUACGUAUUUUAAGAAGAUUCAUCUCCCAUCAGUUAAAGCUUCGAAGUUGUCAUUGAUCAUAUCAGCUGUUUGUUUAUGUCCUUAAUUUAUAAAAAAAAAAAAUGAUACUGCAAUAAAUUAUUAUUUUAUAAACCACUUUCUAUAAUGCCAGUAAAUAUUUU